AUGGUGGUUGCAGCAUUUUCCACCGCAGCAGUAACAGUAGGAGCGGAGAAUCAAACGGAGAAGAACAUGGAACGACAGAGCUCGGCCCUCCUGGCCUUUGCCUGCUUGCGGGACAAAAUAAGUGGCCCUCAGAGCCCGACGCCGUCUCAGAGCGGCGCCCGGGUGGAUAUCCUGCAGCUUCUGCAGACCAGGACAGAUCUUGCAAUCCGCUCCGAUCAGAAAUUGUCCUUGUUAGCAGGGCCGGCCAACAUGUUCCUUGAUGGCAUGAUGAGCCAGAUAGGCAUCUCGACCCAAGGGUCGCUGGAUGCCCUUCGCCGGCAGCUGGGUCCAGGAGUCGAUCCCCUGUACGACUACUCGGCCAAGCACGACUCACAUAGGCCUCGACAUGUUGAGAAGAAAGAGCAGGAAGGAACCAAGGAAAGCACCGGAAUCGAGCAGUUGAGACGGACCUUGAAAGAGGUUGUCGGCAUCAACACCACCGCAGAGGAGCUCGAGCCGCAGCAGGCCGAGGAGGGUGACGACGCCGAGUUCCGGGUGCCAGCCGCUCGCCUCCGUGCUCUGCGUGAGCAGAAGAGGCCCAUGUCUUCCUUCGUUUCCACCAGCAGGGAGUACGUGAAUGCUCUGGCAAUCGAAAAUAGGUUUCGGGCUCCACCACCCGGCUCCUAUCGGCCCAGCACGCAUCUCUGCGCUCCACGAGUGAAGACUCCCGUUUUCACCAACGGUGAGCCGACACAGAGCAGAAAGCGUAUGGUCAUGGAGAGGGAGGUCAGGAAGCUACAGUCACAGGGUAAGCCUUAUGAACACCUCUUGCAGGGCGUCACCAGUGUCGAGCUCCUGGAUGAGCCUCCAGAGAAGAUGCGGCGCGCCAUUACUACUCCGAACCUGGAACGAUACUCCCCAAGGCCCGACCUCUUAAAGAGUGCGGGCAUCAACUUCAACGAUAGCACUUUCACGGACGGUGUUCUUGAUGGUGAUUGCAACACUUCAAUGAUCUUGCGGACCCCGGAGUGGGACUUCGCAAAGCUGUCGGCAGCCCGGGACAAGGACCCUGAGACUUACUUUCAGCCUGGGCAGUACAAGCCCAACCUUGAUGCGGUGCGCCCAAAGUUGGAGACCAAGAACAUCCCCUUUCAAAAGCUGCCAGCUCGCAAGCCUCUGAAGGAAGCUGUCGGCCGCUUUGAAGUUGAUGGCAGGGAGGGCGACCAUCUGCCGGACAGGUCCUUGGCGAGAAGUUGCCCUCUUUUGGCAACCCGGCCUAGGCUGCAUAGUCCCGACUUGGCGAAAUACUCCGAACGACCGCCUGGGGACACAGCACCUCAUGUGCACUGCACUCCGGCCAUGGUGGUCCGCUGGUAUAUGCUUUGUUUGGCCGCAGGUGCAGGUUGUCUGCUGCCAGUCCCUUUCUUUCUGUCAGUGGACACGACCCUUGAAGCAGUGUCCCAGCUGGAGAUGUCCAAACCACUUGCUGCAGUCGGUGACUUUACGGAGUCUGGCGUAGAAUUCAUCACAGGAAGGUGUCCCAAGCGCAAUGCAGUCGGCGAGGUCACUCUUUAUAUGGGAGACGACGUCAAUGAUUCUGCAAACCGCGCAGUCUGGAAUGAAAAUCAAUGGGCCACCCGUCAUGUCAUCUCAAAGUCCAUUGAAGAUGCUUUUGACGUCAAGCACGUGUAUGGUCACAUUCUGCACGACUUGCUGCCAAUGGUGAUUUGGGUGUCUGCUGCCCAUCCGAAAGCACGGAUUGUGCUGGAGCUGGAUAUCAAGCGAAAGAUCAAGCCGUUUCUAAACUGGUUUGAUCCAGAACUGAGCAAGAAGACUCUGUUCGUGAAUCCUGAGGAGGUCGUGUGUGGAUCAGCGCUGUGGGCAGUGGUCCCAAAGGUUGAGAGCCCGCACGGGCUCCGCAUACCUCCCUUGCUCAACAAUCUGCGGCGGCACAUCGCGCGAGUGCUGCCGACCUACGAGGCGAAGUACGUUGUGUGCCUUACCUGGCUGGGUGAUCCGACAGUAAACAAUCACCCCGUGCUCACAAACAGGUAUGCUGUCCGGAUGAAAGCUACUGCGGGAAACGGCCGGCUACUGACAGAUGCGCAUAACAAGGAGGAACAGCAUCGCAUCUUCAGCUCUGCGAUAUUGUCCUUCGGCCCUCACGGAACGGCCUUUGCAAACCUCAUAUGGAUGCCCUGCACAGUGCCUGCGGCGGCCAUCGAGUUUAUCUGCAGCGCUCACUCUACUAAGGUUCGUGGCUGCGACCUCCCUGAUGGCAAAGUGCGUAUGGCCACCACAUGGAGCUUAGAGGGUAGCCUCUCGUGGUUGAAAUAUUUCCAUGUGAUGGUGGAGGAUGCGUUCAAGAACAUCAGCGACUACAUGAGAGUCGAUCUGGAUGGCUUCGAUCAAGCUCUAGAAGCAGCAUUGUGGCACAUCAGACCAAGGAAGCAAGGCUAA